UGCUGUGUGACGUAUAAACCAGUGGACGGACAGCUUCUUUUGUUCACAACAAGCCUGGUGAACUUGGGCAACUUGCUAGACAGACAUAGUCGAAUUCGAGACACGUUCUGUGUAUAUUAGACACUGUUUGUUUUUUAAACACACGAACAUGUCUACGUGUUAACCUGUUUUAUUCCACAUAGUUAGCUAGCUAUUUUAGCUAAUGCUAAACAGCUAAUGCUAUCUAGCUAGCUAACAUCCCCGACCAUGAGCUCAGUAAUUUACUCCCCCACCUUCUAAAGAAGAGGAGGUCUGCUGGACGGAGAAAGAAGCUCCCGUGAAAGAGAAGAAGGAAGAGGAAGCUGUAGGUGUUUUGUCGGGUAGGUGGCUUGCUAAGUUAGCAUUAGCAACUAACCUAAGGUUAAUUCUAUCUACCUAGUUAACGUCCCCGACCAUGAGUUCACUAAGCUACUCCACCACUUCUAAAGAAGACGUCUGCUGGACGGAGAAAGAAGCUCUGGGGCUGAACAUUAUCGUAAAAGAAGAAGAAGAGGAGGAUGUUAGAGUGAAAGGAGAGGAAGGUGAAGAAGAGGAGGAUAUUAGAGUGAAAGGAGAGGAAGGUGAAGAAGAGGAGGAUAUUAGAGUGAAAGGAGAGGAAGGUGAAGAAGAGGAGGAUGUUAGAGUGAAAGGAGAGGAAGGUGAAGAAGAGGAGGAUAUUAGAGUGAAAGGAGAGGAAGGUGAAGAAGAGGAGGAUAUUAGAGUGAAAGGAGAGGAAGGUGAAGAAGAGGCGGAUAUUAGAGUGAAAGGAGAGGAAGGUGAAGAAGAGGAGGAUAUUAGAGUGAAAGGAGAGGAAGAAGAGGAUGCAGUGUUAAGAGUGAAGAAGGAGGAGGAGGUCACAGUAAAAGAAGAAGAGGAAGACAAUUUCAAAAUAAUUAAGGAGGAAGAGGAGGAGGCUAUUACAUUGAAAGAAGAAGAAGAAGUUCUAGUGAAAGGAGAGGAAGAACCUUUUAGAGUGGAAGAGGAGGAUAUCUCAAUAAAAGAGGAAGAUGUCUUGGGAGAGGAGGAGACUGAACUUCUGAUUGACACCAGAGAGAGACCAGAUUCUCAUUCUGACAGCGGGAAGAGUUCUUCAGGGGAACCAGACUCAGAGACGCCCAAACCAGCAAGAAAACAUCACUGCUCCCACUGUGGAAAGAGUUUUUGGUGGUUAGGGCACCUUAGACACCAUAAGAGAACGCACACAGGGGAGAAGCCCUACCCAUGCUCCCAGUGUGGAAAGAGAUUUACCAUGUUAGGGAACCUGAAACAGCAUGAGAGGACACACACUGCAGAGAGGCCUUUUAAAUGUUCCAAGUGUGGAAAGAGUUUUACCUGGUUACGGUACCUCAAUAAGCAUGAAGAAAUACAUACAGCAGGGAGGAAGACCUGCCAAUGUUCUCAGUGUGGAAAGAGAUUUACUACGUUAGGGUACCUGAAAACACACAAGAGAAUACACUCCGGAGAGAAGCCUUACCAAUGCUCCCAAUGUGGAAUGACUUACAACCAGUUAGGGAACCUGAAAUCACACGAGAGAAUACACACGGGAGAAAAGCCCUUCCAGUGCUCCCAGUGUGGAAAGAGAUUUACUGGUUCAAAGAACCUGAAAUUGCAUGUGAGAAUACAUCGAGAUAAACAUGAAAAUACACAGGAGGAGAAGACAUACCACUGCUCUCAUUGCGGAAAGACAUUUUCCCGGUCAGAGGACCUGAAAUCACAUGAGAGAAUAGAGGCUGUGUUCCGACUUGAGUUUUGA